AUGUCUGACUUGUCACGAUCUCUCGCUCGAUCCUGGUCAUCGACGCUCAAACUCCCCAAGUCAACUUUUCCGGCCCGCAUUGCCGCCGCUCAACAGGCAAAAUAUCUCCAGCGAUGCACCGAUGACUUGUAUGCCUGGCAGCGUCGCCAGCGACCCGCGGAUUCCGCUCAAUUCGUGCUCCACGAUGGCCCACCCUACGCGAACGGCGAUUUACAUAUCGGACAUGCGCUGAAUAAAAUAUUGAAGGACAUUAUCUGCAGAGUUCAGCUGGCAAAGGGCAAGAGGGUGGAAUACAUUCCAGGCUGGGAUUGCCAUGGUUUGCCCAUCGAAUUGAAAGCCCUGAAUUCCAAAAAUCAGGUGGGGAAGGACUUGGGCCCGGCUAAUAUCCGCGCGAUUGCACGACAAUUGGCCGAGGAGACGGUAGUGAAGCAGAUGAAGGGCUUCCGAGAGUGGGGAGUCAUGGGCGAUUGGGAAAACCACUGGAAAACAAUGGACAAGGAAUUUGAAAUGAGGCAGUUGGAGGUGUUCCUUGAGAUGGUGGAUAAGGGGCUGAUUUAUCGGAGGUAUAAGCCCGUUUAUUGGUCUCCUUCGACAGGAACAGCGUUGGCGGAGGCGGAGUUAGAAUAUCGCGAUGAUCAUGUGUCGCAUGCUGCCCUUGUGAAAUUUCCGCUUGCGACCAUGCCGACGGAAAUAAGAGAGCACCCCCUGGCUUCUGGAGAUGAGAUAUAUGCGGUCAUUUGGACGACAACACCCUGGACACUACCAGCGAAUGCAGCGAUUGCUGUCAGCAAGGACCUUAACUACAUCAUUGUCCAGUCUGAGAGGCAUGGAAAGCUCCUGAUCGCGGAAUCGCGGCGAGAAUAUGUUGAACACCUCCUUGAAGAAAGCCUCAAAGUACUUAUGUCUGUUGCGGGUACCAGCUUGUUAUCGAGUACGUAUCGGCCACUUUUUAAAGAUACAGAUGGAUCAUGUCAGCCAAUAAUUGCAGGGGACUUCGUCACAGAUGAAUCUGGCUCUGGUUUGGUCCAUUGUGCCCCUGGACAUGGUAUGGAGGAUUACGAAGUGUGUCUAGAACAUGGACUUUCAGCCUCAGCUCCUGUCGAUGGAGAGGGCCGGUUCACUGAUGCCGCCAUGCCUUCCAGCCCUUCCAUGCUGAGUGGUAAACACGUUUUAAAUGAAGGCAACAAAGCUGUCGUCAAAUAUCUGGAAGAGGAGGGCCGACUGCUUCACAAGCAUAAAUACAAACAUAAAUAUCCGUACGAUUGGCGCUCCAAGCUGCCAGUUAUCAUUCGCGCGACAGAGCAAUGGUUUGCUGAUGUGGGAGACAUCCGUCAGCAAGCGGUUAGUGCUCUACUGAAUGUUCGUUUUGUCCCUCAGUCUGGUAAGGCUAGAUUGGAGGCUUUUGUGAAGAACAGAACUGAGUGGUGUAUCUCCAGGCAGCGAGCUUGGGGAGUUCCUAUUCCCGCCCUUUACCAUAGGGGAACUGGUGAAGCUGUUUUAACGAGAGAAAGCGUCACUCAUAUUAUGGAUGUCAUCAAACAGCGAGGGAUUGAUGCUUGGUGGACAGAUAAUGAACACGAUAUUGCUUGGAUACCGCCUUCUCUUCGUGAUCCCGCUGGCCCGGGUUACGCUAGAGGAACAGAUACUAUGGACGUAUGGUUUGACAGCGGGACGAGCUGGACCCAGAUGAAAGAGAACGAUGGCGUUGAAUCUACCAGAUCUGAUAUGUACCUUGAAGGGACAGAUCAGCAUCGUGGAUGGUUCCAAUCAAGCUUGUUGACACAUAUUGCGCAUCAGUUGGCGAAGGGUUCAAAAGGUCACUUUAAGGCACCAUUUAAGACCCUUGUCACCCAUGGAUUCACUCUCGACCAUGCAGGCCGUAAAAUGAGCAAGUCCAUUGGAAAUAUCGUUCAUCCGCACGAAAUCAUGAAUGGAACCCUUCUUCCCCCGUUGAAAAUUAAGAAGGCCAAAGGUGCCAAGGAGAAGCCAACUGCACCGGUUUACGAUGCUCUUGGACCAGAUGCUUUGCGAUUAUGGGUUGCUGGGAGCGACUACACAAAAGAUGUGGUUAUCGGGCAACCAAUACUCAAGGCUACCAACGGAAGUCUUCACAAAUAUCGAGUGACCUUCAGACUCAUUCUUGGUGCGCUUCAAGACUUUGAUCCGAAGAAUCAAAUUCCGUAUGAAUCCCUACGUGCAACCGACAAAAUUGCUUUAUCGCAAUUGCGAUCCCUUGUCCUCGCUUGCCAGGAAGCAUUCUCAAAUCUAGAGUUUUUCAAGGCAGUGACUGCCAUUAACCGUUGGGCCAAUGCCGACUUUUCUGCUUUCUACAUUGAGUCGAUAAAAGACCGGUUAUAUGCAGACUCGACCGACGGUCUAAGCAGACGAGCAGCGCAAACCACCAUUUUCCACAUAUACUCACAUCUUCAAAGCAUUCUAGGACCGCUUGUCCCGCUCCUUGUCGAAGAGUCAUGGGAACACACCCCUGAUGUUAUCAAGUCCGCUGUCGACCACCCUCUCCGCCGUAUUAUGGUUCCCCCCGAUCCAAAAUGGGGAAAUUUGUUCCUAGAAAAGAGCUAUCCAGCAAUAGCGGCUGCCAAUGCGGCCGUAAAAAUGAUGCAGGAAACUGCCCGAGUUAAAAAACAAAUGGGCUCUUCUCUUCAAUCGUAUGUCCAUCUGAACGUCCCCGACUCCGUUAGCGUGUUCCAGGAACUUGGCACUGCCGAGUUAGCCGACUUUUUUGUUGUGUCUUCUGUUACCUUGGGAAGCGGUAGUGAAGUGCCGCACGAAGUGGAAAACGCAGAAUGGAGCUACGAAGGGCAGUUCGAAUUACCCAGUGGCGAGAUGGGAAAGGCGUGGAUAUAUACCCCUGUGGAAGGAAAGUGUGCAAGAUGUUGGAGGUACCUUGUUCCUGAGUCGAUGGCGGAAGAUGCGCUAUGUCAGAGAUGUGAAGAUGUUGUUCACGAAUUGGAGCCGAAUAGUAGUGAGGCUUCGAAUACCUCAGAAGCCUCAGAGGCUGCGAGCAGUUUCUCUCGUUGAUGCACUGUAUACAUGUAUUUUGAGAGUAGAUAUUGGAUGAUAUCCCCAUACGAUGUACGAUAGAUCGAUUUAGGCCAUAUUGGAGCACAUCAUCUCUUUAUUUACACCGUGCGGGCA